AUGCGAUUCACGUUUUUACUCCUGGUUUUCGCGUUAGUGCUGUGCUCUGGUUUCGGGGCGUACAUCCUCAGAGCCUUCAACUCCCGCAUCCGGAGGUCCGCCGAAGGAUUGCCCGCGAAGGGGCAUACCCAAGCGCCGCGAGCCCUAUCUCAGCUUGAGAUGAACCUCAAGAAAGGGGAGUAUGUCUGCGGGAACAGGAUCUGCAAACUGCGACCCGGCGAGGUGCCUCCCAAUUGCAAUGGGGUUUGCCAAUACCCCAUUCAC